UUCAAUGUACAAAAUUGGUCCGUGAGACGGAAUGGGAUGAACGGCAAUUGAAAAUCAAACAAUUGAAGUGGAACAGACAGGAAAAGGGUUGUGCAAAAUGAACCGCACUUCCAUGAGUCUCUGGACAAGCUCCAAACACCUGGUGAUGAGGGGCGCACGCAUGUCACAACGACGAUUCGCAUCCUCAGAAACUCCUUCACCUACUGCAAGUCCCCAUAGUGUCUUUCCUACAUGGUCUUUUCUAUUUCAUGCACUUCAGUUCUUUUCAUACGAAUUAUAGCUAACGCCCGCCCAGCGCGCCUUCUACAAAACCUUCACCCGCCCGAUUGCAAAAACCCUUUUAAUGGCAACCUUUAUCUAUCAAUUGACUUAUUGGGGCUGGGUAAAAUUGGAAAAGGAUGAAUUGAAGGCGGGCAAACGAAGGGAAAUAAAGGAUCUCGAGGCAGAAUUGGAGAAGGUUAGUGGGGGAGCUAUCAAGGGUGAAGACGUAAAGGUCAAAGGGAUUUAAGGGACAGUGGUAAUACGUGUGCGCAAAAUCGAAGCACCAUGAGCGCUCGAAGAAGUUUGGCGAGAUGGAGAGGAAGAAGCCAACUCGUCUUGACUAGAUUAUCCGGUAGUGGGGGCCUACCAGGAUGGAAUCCUGAGUCGCAUUGCAGUGCCACGACAGAUUUGCAUGACAUAUCG